AUAAUCUGCGCAUGUCAAAAAUACUUGUCAUUUUAUUUUGUGAAAUCUUAAAAUUGAGACUUGAGUUGAUUUUGUGAAAAUACACCGUGACGGCGGGCAUGAAAGCCUUUUCGUCGCCGAUUAUUGUGUUAUACAAAUAUAUAAUAAGUGAUUUCAAAUAAUAUUUCCGUGAAUUAUGAUUUUUCCCCAAAAAUAUUAAAUAGUUUUGAGGGUUUUCAGUUCCAUCGCGUGCGAAGACUGGUCUGUUUUAUUAACAUGAACAUAAAGUGUUAAUUUUUUCAUUACAGUGCUCUGUUUAGUUUUCUAUUUCGGAGUUCGGACAGCUAUCGAGCUAAUUUUACAUUGGAUGUGAUGUGUUGAAUUUCUCCUUAAGGAAGACGUAGAAAUUGCAUGUAUGGCGUCCAGGUGAAGAAUCUGAACCGGGCCCUGCUGGAAGCAAAGAUGAUAACUGUAGACGGACGUCUCAUACCUUACUCAAUAAAGAACCUCAAAAUUAAGAAGAAAUCGAGCUUAAAAAAGCUCCCACUGAGGGAGAUUUGAAGCCUUAAGAGAAUAAGAAUAGUUGCCUUCCCUAGACUCUGGUCCAAGAUAAUAUAUCCAUGUUAGUUGUAGAUUUAUAGACAUUAAAUAUUUCUACCGAGCUCGUUUAAGAUUAGUACUGGAAUGGAGCAACCGGAAGUCGAGAAGGGCUGCGGCAGCUCGGAGUACGGAGCACAACUUACAAGAAAUAGAAGUUUCAAAUCGAAGCAGCUAGUCCGCAGUCAGGCGAUACGAGAAGCAACGUCGCCGCCACGAACAGCGUCACCGUUGGCGAGCGACAAACCAAACGUGACCGGAAACGCGGUCGAGAAGAGGUCGAACAGCGAGACCUCCAGUCACAGCGACGGAGGUUCCGUAGUCAGCAAUGACAGCAAACAACCCGUUGAAAUACAGAUAACAUCCAACUCCUGGGAGGACGGUAACAGUGACCAACGCCAGCGGACCCGUCGCUGGCUGGGUCACCACCACUCUGACUCCGCGAGGGACCUUCUGACCCACGGGCCGCGGGUGGCCUGUGUCUGUGGGGCCUGCGAGUGUCCGCACUGCAGAGGGCGCAGAAGAAGACACGCGUGUCCGACGAAACAGGACUCUGGCAUCGUUUGUUCUGACGAUUGUCCUGACUGCACCGACUCAGAACAUGCGGGUCCUAACGGUGACGGCGCUAGGAUGUCCGGGAGUCUGGACAGCGACGAUCAGGCAUAUUAUUGCAGAUGCAUCGAUCGCAAGGACAAGCCGAAGAAUAUGUGCAUAGGUGGCAAUGAGUUUGAGGAUAAGACGGAUCUAUCAGGUCCGGAACUGGUGGCCUUCAUCAAAGAAACCCUGAACAAGAACCCAAGAGACCGAGCCACUUUGUUGAGGAUUGAGAAGGAACUGCAUGGUCUUGUAACAGACAACAGCGCCCUCCCCAGUCGUUGCAUCGUCCGCUUCCCCGUGAUGACGUCAUACGGCCGUAUGCUGGUCCACCGCUGCGCAGCUCUGUUCCAACUGGCGCACCACCUCGACCACUCUAACAAGAACUCCGUGCUGGUGUCCAAAAGCGGCACGUGCGGUGGCCGCCUGCCCUGUACCUCCUUCCGUGAGUGGUGCACCACCGUGUUCCCGAGGUCACCCACACACGAGGACACGCUCGCCAAGUCCAUUCUAAAGCGUUGUUCGGGACCACCUGGUACAGCUAGCUCGGCAGCUGGCAGAAGCAAGUCGUUGGAACAACGAGAGAGGGAAUACGAGAGAGUCAGGAGAAGAAUUUUCAGCACGGACAACUGCACCCAGGACGAGACGCAAUGGCCCUGGCUGACUUCCGGACCCGUUAAGCUACUGACACCGGAAACUGGCAGGAACAAGCUAUUGAAGGUGCACUCCCUGGAGGCGAAGUCCCCGGGCCGGGGAGUGGUGUCGAAGAGUCACAGCUUCGGGGGAUACACGGACCCCCAGCAGAGAGUACUCAGCAGACAGGGUGACCUGGCGUCAUCCAGCUGGCGUCUCUCUCCGUCCAGCUCCGGGUACAAGACCCUCAGUUUGCGGAGCACGGAUUCAGUCACACCAUCACCCACAGGCGGUGCGAGUCCUGAGCCGGGGCCCCCUUCCCUGUGCGUGCCGGGGGCCUCGGGGGCCCUCGUGUGGGCUGUGACCGACAUGGCCGCGGUCCCGCCCGGGGCACUAGUCAUACAUCCGCAGACAGGCCGGCCGCUCACCAACCCCGACGGCAGCCUGUACCACUUCGACCCCGAGAACCCGCCGCGCCUGUACGCGGACCGGGGGGAGAUCGACGGCAGCGCAGAGAAGAGACGCGGGAAACUGGAAAAACAGAACUCCUUCAUAGAUAACGAAUGCGAUUUCGACUCCAAGCGGGACAAGCGCUGUGACUGCGCUCCAGACAACGACGGAGGCCAGCGGAAACCGAAGACGCCGGCAGCGGCGAGCCCGAACAACACGCGGACCGCGCACGAGGAGCAGGCGGCGCCGGACGCGCCCGCGCCCAACGGAGACGUGGACCAGAGCGAAGUCGCUGAAAUAAAACAGGCUCUCGAGAAUAUUAAAAUAACACAGAAAUCACCGGUCAAAGAGAAGAAAGACGUCCAAAUCGAACCCGUCAAUCAGAUUCAGUCUCCGAGGUACGAUGCGGCCAAUCAGGUCGCGUCUUCGCCGAGGUUCGACUCGCCGGCCAGUCAGACGGCCUCGAACCAGCCGCAGAGAUUCGAAACGGCCAAUCAGAUGCAGCAGAUUCAGAGAUUCGAUUCACCGGCCAAUCACGUGCAAGCUGUCCAGAGAUUCGAUUCCCCCGCGAAUAACAGGCAGUACGACAGAUAUGACGUCCCCAGUAAGGCUUUGGAGAAUAGGAGUUUUGACAAUCAGAGGAAGUUUCUAGAAGAGGCUUAUCACGAGAGCUACGUCCCGUAUAAGAGUGAGGAGGCGCCGCAGAUGAUGGUGAACUAUCCGUCGGAGAUGGCUGACAUGCAGGUGGUGCAGGCGAAGAUGACGCCAGUCCCGGUGCAGGACAACAUGCGUGGUGUGCCCGUCCCCAGUCAUCCCGGGUAUUACCAGCCCGUGCAGAACUACCAGUAUGUUCCCUACAGAGUGGAGCAGCCGGUACAGCACCUGCAGCCACAGCUGUACCAGCAGAUGACCGAGGACCAGAAGCAGAUGACGCCGUCCCCACACAGCGAGAACACGUUCAGGAUCGAUCCGAGCUAUCCGUACUUGGCGGACUUUAAUAAUGCUUGUGGUGCCUGUGACCCGACUCAAGCUAGAGGAUACAACGUGCAGUACCAGCCGGAGUCCGUGAUGUACCCCAACGUGCUGAUGCAGCCGGUGCAGCAGUAUCCUUACCAGGAGCAGAUGCAGGUGCCGUGGCAGAACGUGGCCCCGGCAGCGCCCAAGGUCGUGAUGCACGACGUGUACCCUAUAGUGUACCCCAGCGUGUACCCUAACGUGUACCCACCCUACAACAUAGUGUACCCUCAGGUCCUGCCGCAAUACCCCAUCCAGCAGUUCCAAGAUAGACGGAAGAAGAGGUAUGAUAGAGAGGCGGAGAUAGCUAUGAGGAUACAACAGAUAAAACAACAGACGGGCGUUGUUAUGUUACAGGUGGAUAUGAUGGAUGGAGACAGGGGACGGAACAGCGGAGGAGGUAUACUGGGCAGUGCUCCGGGGAGAGUCGGGGCCGACGACAGCCAGCUGACCACAGCGGCGCGGGCCAUCGUCAACUCCAUAAGGAACAUGCAGGCCAAGAACCCAUACCACGAGUCAAGACGCUCUCCCCCGCGCCCGGAACAGAGGAGGAGAGCCGCGGGCCCGGUGUAUAGACAGAUGUCUCCAGGCGCCUGGUGCCGCUCUCCAGCUCCGAUGCCGCAAACCUUCAGCCAACCUCGCCGGCCUCACCCAGAUAACAGGAACGCUCGUCGGUAAACACAUAUCACAAACAAACAAACAAACAAAAAAUAUUAAUUACAUAUUAUAAGCGUGUCGUUACUGUCAAAGUUUUCCUUAAAGAGACAUCACCGCGCACAAUACAUGGAUGUUAAUUUUAAUUAAAUAUAUAUAUAUAUAUAUAUGUCGAGUUUAAAACGUGCUUACCAAAUGCAUGUGGCGUUUGGACCGAGCGUUCGGAACGCCACCUGUGUCCACAGACGCGAUAGAUCUCACGUUGAAAGCGAACUAGUCAUUUUUAUAUCCAUCUAGAUAUAGACGUAUGUUAUUUGUUUGGUUGAAUUCAACGUUGCUCGUGUUAUUGUAUUGAUGUCAACAAAAAAUGCUGUCCAAAUUUAUUUUCCGUUCGUAGAGACGUCGGUCAAUUGUAAAAUAUAUAUAUAUAAAUAUAUAUAUACAAUAAUAUGAACAACGUGUCCCUUCGUCACGGCCGACGCCAUGACAUAGACUAAGGAUAUAGAUUAUAUAAUUUAAUGUGAAAAAAAAAAAACGCUUUAUUAAAAUUAUAUCGGUACAUUUUAUUUCCGUGUCGAUGUCAGUCGCCGACAAUAAUGAUUAUUUUAUAUAACAUAUAUAUCGCGAACGGAUUUCGUUUAUUUGUUAUUUUUUUUUUUUUGUCGUUAUCGUGAUUCCUACACUGUGCUAGCGUCUACAACACUAUUGUAAAUAAAAGCCGUCUAUACAUUAAAAGGUAAGUGAGUAACAGUAACACGUCUCAUCCAGGUCACGGCUGCUCUAGGUCUACUGUUAGGGUCCAUUUUCGUCGCGUUAGAACGUAUUGGAUGGUUGUUUAUUAGACAUUGAAGCUUAUUAUAUCGGUGUUAGAGUUGACAUUUGAAUAGGGCUCCCGACUGGCGCCGGUCGUGCGGACGAGCCGUCACCUCCGCGUUGACAGCUGUCAAACGUCCGGCUGACGUUGACAGCUGUCAGUGACAAUGUCCCAUAUUAAGGAGAUUUAUUGAUGUAGAGUAUAUUAUUGUUAAUAAUAAAGAUUUUAGCGUAUA